AGCAUGCAAAUAAAGUUUUAGACACUGAAAAUACUAAUUAAUAUACUCUAGUUUAGAGUGGAAGAUUUUUCUAUUUUGACUUGUGUGCCUUAAAAGUUAAGUUGAUCAUUUAUAAGAUUCUCGGAAUUGCAGCUUUGCCAAACUGUAGCUCCACUGCAGGCUACAGCUUCAAAGCACAAUAAAUCAUCCUCAGAGCAAUAGUUCCCGAUACUGUAACUCCAUCUUUAAAGCCUCAUUCUCUCUCUGAAUAAGCUCAUUACUGAAGAGAAAUUGAAAAGCAUGGUGCACUCAAGUCAUUUUCUGGCUUCUUUGCUUCUGGUGGUGUUGUUCAAUGUGGCUAAAGGACAGCCUCUGGUACCUGCAUUGUUCAUAUUUGGGGACUCAGUAGUUGAUGUGGGCAAUAAUAACCAGUUACCCACCAUUGUUAAGUCAAACUUCCUUCCUUAUGGAAGAGACUUCCAGAAUCACCAGCCAACAGGGAGAUUUUGCAAUGGAAAACUUGCCACAGACCUCACUGCUGAAAACCUGGGAUUUACUUCUUACCCACCAGCUUACAUGAACUUAAAGACCAAAGGAAAUAACCUCUUGAAUGGUGCCAACUUUGCCUCAGGUGCUUCUGGCUACUAUGAACCUACAGCCAAGCUAUAUCAUGCAAUUCCUUUGAGCCAGCAACUUGAACACUACAAAGAAUCCCAGAAUAUAUUGGUGGGAGUAGCAGGGAAAUCAAAUGCUUCUUCAAUUAUUUCUGGUGCUAUAUAUCUUAUUAGUGCUGGGAGCAGUGACUUUGUUCAAAACUAUUACAUAAAUCCUCUGCUUUACAAGGUUUAUACUGCUGAUCAAUUCUCAGACAUUCUCAUCCAAUGCUAUGCCUCUUUCAUUCAGAAUUUAUAUGGACUUGGGGCAAGGAGGAUUGGUGUGACAACAUUAGCUCCAGUGGGUUGCUUGCCAGCCGCCAUCACUCUCUUUGGCCAUGAUAGCAACCAAUGUGUGGCAAGGCUAAACAAUGAUGCUGUUAACUUCAAUAGAAAGCUAAACACCACAUCUCAGAGCUUGCAAAAAUCACUUCCUGGCCUCAAAUUGGUCCUCCUUGAUAUCUACCAACCUCUCUAUGACCUUGUCACUAAGCCUUCUGAAAAUGGAUUUGCCGAAGCAAGGAGGGCUUGUUGUGGAACCGGCUUGCUCGAGACGUCUAUACUGUGCAAUCAGAAGUCCAUAGGAACAUGUGCCAAUGCAUCUGAGUAUGUCUUCUGGGAUGGUUUUCAUCCCUCAGAAGCUGCAAACCAGGUUUUGGCAGGUGAUUUGAUCGCUGCUGGCAUCUCUCUGAUAUCCUGAUCCAACAUUUUUAGGGUCGCUUUCUGCAGUUGAGAUUUUUUAGGAGUUAUUUGUCAUUGUUGUUGUGAGUUUGGCUUAUGUGGUAGGAGGUGAAUAUGUUCAAUUUCAAAGCUUGCUAUGUAUUAUCAAGUUUCCUGUGUAAUAAGACCAAUAUUGGUGUAAGCUUUAUGUAAAUUUUCUGUUUUCGGGUGUUCAAA